CCAAACCGCUUCCGGGCUACGCAUUUUCUCUUUGCUGCGACUUCGAUUCACACUCUUUUGUCGCCACCGCUCCCACCCACACAAAGGUUCCACGUGUCACAAUGCCAGUCGACAGCCACCUCCUGCUCGUAACAUUUCAUUCGCCCGGCCGCUGACCAACAGCUUAGCUGACAAAUUUGGCCUUUUGCGAGAUUUCCUCUGUUUAAAAGAAAACCCACGCCUUGAUCCAACAAUGGCUCUUCUCUAAAUUCAAAUCAUAAACUCCGGCGAUGGCCGCCGCAAUUCAUAAUAUCUUGCGAAAGCCACCACCGCCGAGCGCUUUCUUUACUCCGGCGGGACUCUCCGACUCCUCUCUCCUCGAACUCCUUCUCGCCGUCGCCGGCGACAUCGGAAAAGGCGGCGACUUGCCGCAAUACCAGCGGCGGAAUGCACGUUGCCUUAUUCGCCGGAUUAGAACCUUUCUAAUCCUUAUUGACUUCCUCAUUGAAUUGCGGCAGGAGCUUCCGAGUUCGGCGGUUCUCUGCUUUAAAGAGUUCUACAUCGUCGUGCACCGAGCGAGGAUUCUUCUCGAUUACUGCUUUCAAUCGAGCCGACUAUGGCUGCUUCUUCACAACAGGGAAAUCUCCGGCUUUUUUCAGGACCUCGAACGUGAGAUCUCGACGUUCCUUGAUGUUCUUCCGCUCAACGAGCUCCGCCUCACCGCCGAUGUACGGGAGCACAUCGAGCUGCUCCGGCGACAGGUUGGGAGUUCGAAGAUGUGCGUUGAUGAUGAAGAUGAAGAGGUUCGGAUUAAAGUUUUGUUCUUGUUGGAAGAAUUCGGCAGGAAGAGAAUUCCUGAUCUGUCAGACUUGAAAUCAACUUUUAUCGACCGGAUUGGAAUGAUGAAUGCAGGGGAUUUUGAGAAUGAAAUUGAAUUCUUGCAAAAACAAAUCUUUAACCACGAAGGCGCCGUCGAUGCGGAGGCCGACCUUGCCAAAAUUAGCGGCGUAAUCGCCGUCGUUAGAUACUCUCGUUUUUCUCUCUUCGGCACCAAGGAAGUUGAGGGAAGCAAGAAGAAAACUACCUGCCGGCCAUCGUCGCCACGAGCCGGCGAAAUCUCCGCUCCACCGAAAGAUUUCUGCUGCCCCAUAUCGCUCGAGUUGAUGCGUGAUCCAGUGGUGCUCCCCACUGGUCAAACGUACGACCGCCAAUUCAUCAACCAAUGGAUCGCCGGCGGUAACCAAACCUGCCCCAACUCGGGCCAAAACCUCGGCAACCCCACCUUGAUUCCCAACCGCGCCAUUCACAGUCUCAUAUCCCAUUGGUGCGCGGCUAACGGCGUCCCAAGUAACUCCGGCCAAAACCUCGGUAUCGCCGCCACCGCCUUCACCGCCAACAAGGCGGCGAUAGGAGCCAACCCCUCCACCCGAUAG